AAUCCAGUGACGGGUGAUCAAAUCCUUCAAGGACGGUAUUCUACGCCGCAUCUGGACGAGUUCGAGCGUACACAGCGCGGGCGGCGGUUCUCGGAACGACUUACAGGUGACUGAAACCUCAUCCGGGAUUCGAUAUUGUGUCGAGUCCAUCGGAAUGGCUCUCCGCAGUUCCAUGCGAAGUCGGAGAAGUCAGUGUAUACGCUUCCUUGGCACCCACCAGACCCCGAAAAUCAUUCCCUCGGCUGCUAAGGAGCUCACUAUCAGAGUCCUGCCCUCCUCUUCCUCCAAUAGCUUCCUAAUUUCACUAGCGGAUUUCAUAGAUGGGGGGUGGGUGCUGCGCACCGGUACCCCGCCCUUCGCGACGGUGAAAGAACCGAGCUGCUGCAUGUUCAAGAAAUGUAAGAAGGCCUAGAUGGCCCUCCGAAGUCCUUCUCCCGAGUCUCUAUCCCGCCUGUCAACGAUCCUCCGCUUUCGCACAAUGCGCUGUCUCGGCCUUUUAUCCCCCAAAGUUAAGGUUUUUCGCGACCAUCAUUUCGGCGCCAUCAUCCAUCACGCCAUUUCUGCUGGGUUUCAAACUUCCGGCUCAUGUUAAGACGUCGGCCCCUACGUAGUGACGGACGUCGUGGGGAGUUUGGCGCUAUGUGGGGCUCGGAACAAAUUUUCAGCCUGCUAUCCAGCUUCUUUGUGCUAGUUAGCGCCAAUCUGCAUGCUCUACAGCUUUGCUAGUGUCAUAUUCUGGAAUUUAAGGAAGCUGAUUUUCUCGAAAUUUACGGUUCGGGACAUGUGGAACUCGGACUCGAGAUUCCCAGGUCCAAGAAGACCUGACAAUGCGCCUAUUGGUAUGAAACGUCCGGGAUAAGCAAUCCACGUGCCGUGACAAAGAUAUUGUUGACUUGGCCCUGCCUCUCACCGCCACUGUCAGCCCAUGGACCCCUAUAGCCACUCAAACUCUAUCUCUUCUCGAUCUCUGGAUUGGAUACGCCCGGGACAUCAAAUCGAUUCCUUCGCCCUGGCGUCUAAUCCCUAUUUGUCUGCCAACGCUUACAGCAGCAGUCCGUCUCGGGCUCGUAACGCCCUGGCUGCCGGCCAUUUCACCUGCGAGGAUCCUGAUUUCUCUGGCCUCAUUACAAUGCAAGAACCCAUACAGAUGUCGUAUCCACAGUCCGGGAGUACAUCCACAAACAGCAAUUGGUCGAAGGACUCUGCAUUCUGGCCAGUGUAUCCGCAGCACGACCAGUGGCCGUCGCAUAGUAGCCUCCCACCAAGCGCCUCGACCUCCGCUUCGGCCUCCCCAUCCACCUCCCCAACCCUCGUCCAAUCCCAUUCAUACCCCGAAUACUCCGACCCCCCUCGACCAGAAAUGCCCAAGACGUGCGCACACUGCAAAGUGACGUCUACUCCGCUCUGGCGGCGACAACCCGGCACGGGCCAAUCCCUGUGCAACGCGUGUGGGCUAUAUCUGCUGCAGCGGGGAACGGCCCGACCACGUGCUCUCAUUGAAGCGGACAUAGACACCCCCUCCGCUGACGCCCACAUUCCUGACUCAGAGUAUUCCGGGACCAUGUGCACCAACUGUCGGACACGCAAGACGAGCCUUUGGCGAAAGAACAUCGACGGGCAGGUCGUGUGCAACGCGUGUGGUGUUUAUGAGAGGCUGAAGGGGCGUACGCGACCAACCGAGUUGAGGCGGGAUAAAAUCAAGCCGCGGACGAGACAUUUGAGGAAAACGUUCACGUUGAGGUGAUUGACACGGAGAUUGUAGUCAGGAUAGCUCUCGUAAACUUAGAGACGCGCACUUUGAUUUUAUUUCAUCUGGGCCACUCAGAAUAUGGUGCGAAUAAUGGCGUGAUCCAUUCCGUGGAGGAAACGCACCGGUUACAAGUGUCAUUUUUUUCAAUCACUUGAUGCACCAUGCCGUUGUCCUUGGGUAGCUCAGGCUUUCCUUGUUGAGUUUUCCUUUGACAUUUAGCAGAAUAAAA